AUGAGCGAGUACCCACUGAAAACUAAUAAGAGUCACCAGCGCAGCAGUAGUCGAGAACAAGAGAGUUACAGUGACUACUCUCAAGAGGUUGGCGGGUCAGUUGCAGCAGCCCUUGGAGUUCAGCGCACCUCGGCAUACUCCAUUGUGCGAGUAUACCAACACGAAAACAGGGUUGAAGCGGCUCACGCAGGAGGCAGACACAAGAUCAUCGACAAUGAAACUCUGGAUCUAAUAGUGAUGCUGCUUGAAGCAAACCCUAUGAUGACCUUGAGAGAGAUAAAGGAGGAGGUCAUGGAUAUAUUUCCUACAAAACCACAUUUCAGUGAGGUAACGCUUUCGCGUUAUUUGGAGGGGGAGCUGAUAUCACUGAAAAUGUCCCGUGACUCCCCAGCAGAAAGAAAUUCUCCCGCAGUAAAGGAGGCGAGACACGCGUACGCUACGUGGAUGCUGGCGACGGGUCUACAGCAGCAACUAGUAUACAUUGAUGAGACAGGGUUCAAUCUGUGGACCAAGAGGACGUACGGCAGGGCAAGAUGCGGGGAGCGUGUGCAUCGCGCCGUUGGUGGACAGCGUGGCAGAAACACGACAGUGAUUGCUGCGAUAGCUGAACACUGUGGAAUACUCUAUCACGAAAUUCACUAUGGUUCAGUGACGAAGGAAGUAUUCAGUGAUUUCAUCGCAUCACUUGCAGCAAUAAUCGGAGACGCAAGAUCCAUACUUGUUCUAGACAACGCUCCAAUUCACAACGGUAUUGCAGCAGUCUAUCCCGAGCUGAAUUUUAAAUUUCUCCCUCCAUACUCUCCUUGCUUGAACCCCAUAGAAAACUGUUUCUCUGUGUUUAAAUCAUACCUGAAGCAGUACCUCCACCGUGAAGCUCCACGGUGCAACGCGGCCCACGCCAGGUUACUAUUCCUCUGGAAGGGGGGGGUGGGGCUGCCUGAAGCUACUAACCGCGUGAAGCAGGUGAGUCCACAGGUGGCCCAGGAGGUGGACCAAGAUAUGGACCAGGAAGUAGACCAAGAGGUGAAUGAACCAGGAGGUGGACCAAGAUAUAGACCAGGAGGUGGACCAAAAGGUGGACCAGGAGGUGAACCAGGUGGGGGCCCAUGA